AUGUCUCUCGCUGUUAUCGUCGUCUCGCUCCUCUUGCUCCGCGGCGCAUCGCAGCCGUCCGUCAUGGCGCAGAUGCCCGACGUCAUGCCACGUGGGCAGAUCGGCGGCGAGGCGGGUAUCGAGCGAGCCAUGUCUCUUUUCCGCGUGAGUUCUCGCUCCCUCGCUCGCUCCCGUCUGCACACAGCUCCUCGCGCCGCUCUCCGCGCUCCGCGCUACUCCGUCCUCGCGUCACGCUCUCUCGUCACCUCAACUCAUCUCCUCACACCCUUCGUCUUGAUCCCUCAGAUAUGGGAGGACGCGUACGGGCUGAAACCCGACAUAUGGGAGGAGGCCUAUGGAUUGAAACCCGACGUUCACUUGCCGCCCGCGAAAAUCACCUUGCCGGCCAUCGUGCCGCGCGCGCCGCACCUGGAGGACUGCGAGGCGCUGACGGCGGCGAGGAAGGAGUCGGAGCAACGCGGAGGGGACGGGGAGCCUCCCCUGUGGGCGCGGGCUGUGAAUAACUGCUCGGAAUGCAACCCCCAACCACCAUGGGUGUGCGUGUCCGAUGCGGGCAAUCUACCGCUGACGCGUGUGGUGCAGUGGGACCUGUGGUGGGAGCACCAGCUGUUUCCCCUGCCAUUUUCUCUUCCAUGUCUCUCCCCACCCCACCUCCCCUCGCGCCUGCCUUCCCCCCAACCAGGUGCGCAGGUGCGCGGAUCGGAUGCAGACAAUCUACCGCUGACGCGGGUGGUGCAGAGGGAUCUGUGGGAGCACCAGCUGUUCCACGGCAGCUGCGAUGGCAGGCGCCUGCUCGUCGUGCCGUGGCCCACCAAGACCCACCACGGCGUGGGGUCACAGAUACACGUGAUGAGCACGUUUCUGAGCCUGGCCUUGAUUCACAACCGCACACUCGUGCCCGCGCCUGGCUCGUACGACCGAGCAUUCACUGAGACAUGCAAUUCCACAAAGACAGGUGGGGCGUGGGGUUGCUACUUCUUCCCCAUAGUGAAUCCCGACUGUGAGCGCGUGGUCUCGGAUAUGACAGCCAGCAGCACCAUGCCCCCUCUCUCCUCUGACAAAGUGGGCCACAAUCGCCUCGCUGCCUCGGGCGACCUUGUGGUGCAUCUCAACGCCAGCUGCGACAGCCAGAUGAAGCUUGAGGCGCGUGCUGCUAAGCUAUGGGGCGAUGCGUACGCGAGGGCCCCGAAUGUGGUGGAUUACACUCAUUCGGGGAGCAGCCGCACGCUAUGGGGCGAUGCGUUCGCGAGGGCCCCGAAUGUGGUGGAGUAUAUGGGGGAGCAGCCGCCUGCUGAGACCAAUCACCCCGUGGUGCGUUCGUGUGCACUGGUGGCGAUCCCAGUUGGCGCGCUUCAUAACGCGCUGGUUGGCGGUGACGCGCUGGUUGGCGGUGCACUGGUGGCGAUCCCAGUCAACGCGCUUCAUGCUGCGCUGGCCCUCACUUCACACGUGCACUGGUGGCGAUCCCAGUCAACACGCUUCAUGCUGCGCUGGCCCUCCCCUCACACGUGCCACCAAAGCAACAAGGAGCGCCACACCGCCUACGGCCUCCUCACCGCAUCCCACCUCUCGCGCUACACCGAAACCCAGACCGAGAUCCUCCGGGCCGUCGCAGGCAACACAUCCGAGUCACCCGAAUCCAAGAAACUUUCCGAGAUUUCCGCGGGCCCUCCGGGACCCAUUGAAUCGCAAGUCUGGACCGUCCGGGGGUUCGCGGGGUGUAAAGGGACCUGCAUGAGUGCUGCAGAUGCCAAGGCGAUAAAGGAGACGUACGCAUCGUUGGGAGGGGAGCCGUUUGUGAUGCGGCCGAUUGUGAGUGUGCACGUGCGGCAGAGCGACAAAGGGACUGAGAUGCGCCUGUCGCCGCUCGCCACGCACAUGUUCUUCGUGCAUCGGCUGCGCCGCCACGUGCCGGACCUGCGACACGUGUGGCUGAACACCGAGAUGGAGAGGUGCGUGGAGAUGUGUCUGUCGCCGCUCGCGACGCACAUGUUCUUUGUGCACCGGCUGCGGCGCCACGUGCCGGACCUGCGAUACGUGGGGCUCAAUACAGAGAUGGAGGUGUGUGGGGCAACGAAUGCUUGCCUUGCCCAUGCCUUCUACUCCUCCACCUCUUUAUCGCUUGCCAAUGGCGUUGCUUGUCUUCCCUAA